UAUACAAACAAGUAAAAUGAAAGGGAACAAAAGGACUUGAGAACGAAACGAAAUUUUUUAAUGUUUUUAAAUAGUGAAGUAUUUUAUAAGUUAUGACAGUGGCGCUGUUUUUUUAUUAUCAAAGGUGAUACUCGAUUCGUACACGUAAAUAAGUUCGGUGUGCCUUACGCUCGCAACACAACCAAAGUUAACCUCUUUAUCUGUAACGAAACGAGAAAACCGAAUUGGCAAAAGGAUAAUUUGUGAAGUAGAAGAAAAUACGUGACUGCGAGAAUGGCGUCGAACAGGGAAAGGCGUUCAAAUGCUGGAAAUAAAAUGUCAAAAUUGUUGAACGAAGAAGAGGAAGAUGAUUUUUACAAGACCACGUACGGUGGCUUUGAUGAAGCUGAACAAGACAAUGAUUACAUGGAAGAAGAUGAAGGAGAGGAUGAAGUAGAUUCCGAUUUCAGUAUAGAUGAAAAUGACGAACCGAUUUCAGAUACAGAACAGGAGGGACCCAAGAAGAAACGUAGAUUAGUAACAAAAGCUUACAAGGAACCCAAAGCUCAGUCCCAGUUGCUACCGAAAGAGAAAAAAGUGAGACAACCGAGACAACAUAAAAGAUUUAUAGAAAGCACAGAAAGAAAAUCUAUACGUCGCUCCACUGCCGCAAAGUCAGCUGCAACACAGAGACGAUUGCGUGAAAGGAACGAAGAUCAAAAGCGGAAGACCAGAGUUGUAAGACACGAUACUUGGAAACCCACUCAGGAGGAAUUAUUAGAAGAAGCACUUCAGACUGAACAGGUCAACAUGAAAUCGUUAGAAAAGUAUCAAAAAUUAGAAAGUGAAAAGAAGAACACCAGAACAGUCAGGAAAACGCAAACAGGACCUAUGAUCAGGUACCAGUCGCUGUCGAUGCCAGUUAUGGUACUUUCCAAAGUGAAUUCCGACAAAGAAGACAAUAAAAUUACGGUUGAUGAAGAUGACGAGAAGAAUGUAAGUGAAAAUUCUGAGAACAAAAGCUCAGAAGGAAUGGGAAACAGCGUAGUUGUAAAAUCGGAACAAGGUGCGAAGGACACCAGCAAAAAAGAUUCCUCCUCUUCUUCUUUGAGAAAGAAGUACUAUUAUGAGGAAACGAAAGGGUUCUAUGAGCGAACCUUCAUUACUUUUGAGAAUGAGAAAAUGUUCUCGGACGCCUUUAAAAAACCUGUCACUCGGAUACCACCGACGAAAGCGUUAUGUGCAAUUACAAGAUUGCCAGCAAAGUAUUUGGAUCCGAUGACUCAGCUGCCAUAUAAAAACGUGCAAACAUUUCGAUUGCUACGUGAAGCAUAUUAUCAACAAUUGGAGGCUCGAACUGAUAUAAAUGACAGUUCACAGAGUCCAGAACUGUUACGAUGGCUUGAAUGGAGGCAGAAAAAUCACGUUGGUGCUCAGAGGAGUAUGAUACGCCUUGAGCCAGCCUCUACUCCAAUGCCUUCAUAG